CAACAGUCUCUAGUAAAGAGCAGACGGUCGGUCUCACUUUUAUCAGACGGACAUCACGAACCUCAGCAUUUAUUUUUCACAUUCAUCUCAAGGUGUAGGAUUCCGGAGCGAAAGGAUUCGGAUCUUCCGGUUUAUUUUUAUUGGAUAUUUAUUUCUAAAUAAUUUACCGCAACGGUACCAAGGGCAGGCUGCAGAGAAUGUCGUAUGCAGAUUAUUUAAAUAUUUUGUAAUGUAGUAUUUUUUUUUUUUUUUUUUUGCAUUGCGAUUGGGCGGCGAUUGUUUUAUGAGCAAGAUUCUGAAUGCAAGUCUCUCCAUGGAAAUUAAUUUGCGUAAAAUCCGCUGAUCAGAACUGCGCAUAUCAUCACACACCAUCACAGCCAAUAUCACCAUCAUCUUCAUCCGGCAGAGGACAUAAGCAGGAUGGAGCAGAUCAGUCAGUGGCUCUGGAAGCAGGAGUACUGGCUUCCUCCGGGAAUCAGCUGGGCAGAUAUGGAGAAGAUGGAGGGCUCUCGGCGUCCUCUCCCGCGGGAUCUGCUCCUGGCUCUGCCUCUAGCUCUGGGAUUCAUCAUGCUUCGUUACGCUUUUGAGAGACGUGUGGCGCUUCCUCUCAGCAGAGUUUUAGGAGUGAAAGAUCAGGUUCGGUUGAAAGUCGCUCCUGCCCCAAAUUUAGAGGCAUUUUACACUAAAAACAGCAGACAGCCGACACAGAGCGAGAUCACCAGCCUGGUUAACCAGUGCCACCUGACUCACAGACAAGUGGAGACCUGGUUUCGUAACCGCAGGAACCUGGACAGACCCAGCAACAGUAAGAAGUUUUGCGAGGCCAGCUGGAGGUUUGUGUUCUACCUGGUUGCUUUCACCGCAGGAUUGGCGUCUUUAAUUAACACGCCGUGGUUCUGGGAUCAGAGAGAGUGCUGGAGAGGAUUUCCUCAACAGCCGGUUCAGGACGUUCAUUACUGGUACUACAUGCUUGAGCUGGGCUUCUACUGGUCACUGCUGCUCUGUGUGUCUGUGGACGUCAAGAGAAAAGAUUUUAAAGAACAGAUCGUCCAUCAUUUCGCCACCAUCUUCUUGCUGGGUUUCUCAUACUGCUCCAACUACAUUCGGAUCGGGACCCUGGUGAUGCUCGUCCACGACUCCUCUGACUUCCUGCUGGAGUCUGCCAAAAUGUUUAACUAUGCCGGCUGGAAGAAAACUUGCGAUUCGUUAUUUGUGAUUUUUGCUGCUGUAUUCCUGGUUACACGCCUGGUUGUGUUUCCCAGCAAGAUCAUCUACACCACUCUGGUUUUGUCAAUGGAAGUGUUUGAGCCCUUUAUGGGAUAUUAUUUCUUUAAUGCGCUGCUGCUGGUGCUGCAGGCGCUGCACAUUUAUUGGGCUUAUCUCAUCCUCAGAAUGAUCUACAAGUUUCUCUUCUUAGGAAAACUGGACAAGGACGAGCGCAGCGAUGUUGAAAGUGACCCAGAGGAGGAGGAGAACGAGGAAGAGGAAGAGAAGGAGGAAGAUCGGUCUUCUUGGAGGAAGAGGAAGGUGGUUCUGGACUCCAGGCUGGCGAUGCUCAACUCCAGCUGUGUCUUAAAUAACUUGACUAAUCAGAAAGCCAAUGCGAACAGAAGACUGCCGAAAGCCAGAUAGCAGCGCUGCGGUCAGACGGAGACGUGUUACUCCUUCAUCCAUACUGAGAUUAUCAGAAACAAAUACACUACUUCAGAGACAACUCAUUUACACCAGUAACCAGCUCAAGUACUUGUGAGGAAGAGGUAGAGGUGAAUUUCUCUUUGUUUAAUAGUCGCACCUCAUAUCACUACUAAAAGAGUAGAAUUGAAUGGAAAUUAAAAGACUUGCUGACGUUUGCAUUUAGUUCAUGACAGAUCAACAGUGCAAACCCAUAUCAGUAAUGUUCAGUCUGUAGCCCAUAAAUGACUUUUAUCUGAAAAUACUCUGUAUUUACUGUAUGAUGAAAAUACUCUGUUUGAAAUGAAUUAUUUGUUUUGUAAAUAUAGAUAUAGAUUUCAUUUUGAAUGUCACUAUGGAAUAUGUUUUAAUGUACUCUGGUAGAAUAUAUGAAUAUACUGUGAAAUAUC